GGAAGGACUUAGCAUCCUCUAGAAAUGUGAGGCGACUUGGUUUACCCUCUCUAUGAACUGAUCCCGUUGAUUACUCAUCAAUAAAGUUUCCUCCGUUUCUCACCAUCAGUGACAGAAGUAACUUCCACGAGUUGCACUCGCAAGGAUAGGACAAGUGAACAACACACCCACGGUUCUUCCAACGUAGUUGAUUUUUACCUCAGAAUACCCUGAAAGAUUUGGUCUCCUGCCUCGUAGUACAUUCUUCUUAGCGGACAUGGACAAUCCGAAGUGGCCUUACUUUGAUCCUGAUUACGAGACAACUUGUUCAAGCUUCAACUCUCCCAGGGUGACGGUUGAAACCGAGGCGAGUGAGAAUGCCACUAUCGUAAAAGUAAAUAGUGCCAACAGGCAUGGCAUACUACUAAAUGUUGUGCAAGUGCUUACAGACCUGGAUUUGACAAUAACUAAGUCUGACAUCUUCCACGAUCUCGGAUGGUUUAUGGAUGUGUUCCACGUUGUUGAUUCAAAUGGAAACAAAGCCCUUGACAAACAGACAUGUGAUCACAUCAUGAAUUCACUGGGGUACAGGACCAGAAGAGAGCAGUUUUCCGCAGAUUCGCUGCGUCGCUCCACAGGGUUGACCGUCGCUGAUCAUACCGUAAUUGAGCUAACUGGGCCUGAUAGGCCGGGCCUUCUGUCUGAACUAUCUGCAGUUCUGACUAGGUUGGAAUGCAAUGUGAAUGCCGCGGAGGUUUGGACGCACAAUCUACGAGCUGCGUCUAUUGUAUAUUUUACCGACUCCAGCACCGGCCGCCCUAUCACUAAUCAGUCAAAGCUUGACUACAUCAAAGAGCAGUUGUCGAGGGUCAUGAAAGGUGAUCACGAUGAAGAAGUGGCAAGAUGUAAGAUAGAAUAUGCUACUGAGAUUACCCAUGUAGAGAGAAGGCUUCAUCAGCUGAUGUAUGAUGACAGGGCUAAUGAAGUGCCAGAUCGUUCUGGAAAUAUGCAAGGCAGGCCGGCGAUUCAUAUAAAAAGAAACGAGCGUGGAUAUUCUGUAGUCAGUAUUCACUGCAAGGACCGGCCGAAACUCCUAUUCGACAUUGUCUGCACGCUGACGGACAUGCAGUAUGUGAUAUACCAUGCUUUGAUAAACUUUCCUGGUUCCGAAACGUCUCAAGAGUUUUUCAUUCGUCAUGUUAAUGGUUGUACUCUCGAUACCGCUGCCGAGCAACACUUAAAAGCUUGUCUUGAAGCUGCUAUCAGUCGAAGAACCAGCGAGGGUUUGAGAUUAGAGCUCUGCAUGAAUGAUCGAGUAGGACUACUAUCGGAUGUCACUAGAAUAUUUCGGGAGAAUGGACUUUCAGUUGCCCGAGCAGACAUCACCACCCGACACGACAAGGCUAUAAACGUAUUUUACGUUGUUGAUGCAUCUGGUCGCCCAGUGAACAUGAAAGUAGUGGAAGCCAUGCGCGAGACGAUCGGCAGUUCAUUGGAAGUGAAGGGACUCCCACGGUCGGAACCUGAGCUUCCAAGCACGAAGCUUUCCCUUGGUGGUCUUUUUCGGAACAUCUAUGGGCUCACAAACAUAACCUGGCGGUCUACGGCAACUGCGUGAAGAUAAUGUUGACAACUGACGGCCUCAGUGAUUGACUCUCGAAUCAUAACCUAACCGCUAACAAGGGAGCAAACGCAAAGUCUGAAUAUGAUCAUUUAGCUUUUGCAGGCUUGCGGCAUCCAGCUGCUGAGCGUACAGGUAGUGUCUUAUUCUCAGCUGAUUGCUAUCUUUAAAAUUCUUACCGCUCAAGGAGCUUCUGUACAUAAACACCAAUGGUAGCAAGUUGGUGGGGGUGCUUGCAAAGGUAGAGCUGUACAUAAAUCCCAUUUGAGGUGUCGUCCCUGGUGGGGGGCUGCGCAACAUAGAUUCUCCCCUUUGUACAUAAUCGGACUUCGGUCCUCACUUCAUUAUCUGAAACUAGCCCCGCCGUGGCUUGACUCACCA